GCGCUGGCGUUGAUUCGGCGAAAGCAGCGUGAAAUGAGAGGCAGCGAGACGCCGAGCACUGUGCACGGGGGCCUAGAUGAAGGGUAUGGGGACGUAUUUAACCGGCGGGAAGUCGAAGAAGCGCAUUCAUAUCGACGAAGGCGGUGCGAAAGACCCAAUUUUUCACUUGUGCAACGAUUUGAAGCCACCAUAGAAACGCCAGGAACAUGCGAAACGGUGGGCCGUCUUUCAUGGGUAUCCUUCUCGAGCAACGUAGGCAUCAGCUACGAAAACUGAGAUGCUUUUUGAGGAGGUCAAUUUUUGGUGCCGCCCAUCAUUACUGCUAUCCUGGCUGCGGCAUGUCAUCAUUACGCUGGAGACCUGUCGACCCGCUCGGUUUUUCCCAUCGUGCCACGAGGUAUAUAAUAAAGGGUUACGGAUCCCCAUUGGCGCAACAGUCUACGGCUGUCAGUCUGUCACUGCUAUUUCUCGUGAUGCAACUGCUUUUCGUAACCCCGAAAACUUUGAUCCCCAGAAAUCAAAGAAAUGAGUUGAACCAUCCGGGCGCAUUCGUUCGGAUCUCAGGUCUUUCCCAUUUGGCUUUGGCAGGCACCGGCAGGCAGUCGUCUGAUCCAUUCAUUGGUACUGAACUAACAGAUAAAUCAGUGUUUGUCCAUGACAUUAUCUAGCAAGUGAUUGUCUUUGAUCACACUCGCGCAUUUGUUCUGCCAGGCUUUUCGAAUCUUAGAAGCCAA